GGAGGGCGCCUUCAGAGCUCAGGGCUGGGCGUGAUGGCCAGAUGAGGAUGCUUCAGAACAGUUGCUGAACGUGGGAGAAGAGAGGAAGGCGCAGGCCAACCCAGUUCGGCCCCUGCUUCUCCUAAGGACAACCACGUCUGCGUCUGGGGAUAACAAGGCCCAGCCAUGCAGUCCUUUCGCGAAAGGUGUGGUUUCCAUGGCAACCAGCAGAACUACCAGCCGACUUCGUCUUCGCAAGAUUCAUCACGCCUGGAGAAUUACAGGCAUCAAAGCCCGGCCUGCGAACGUCAGAGGCUGGUGGCAAAAGAGUAUUACAGCCCCCAGCAGCCGCCGCCUCCGCUGCCCCCGUUGCCGUACCAAGGCUUUGGCGAAAACAGCACCGUGGAGAAGUACCACCGGGGAAGCAGUAAGCCCUUACGCGGCCAGCAGCUCCCCGGCCGGCCGGCCUCCUUCCCCAAUUACCCCAUCCAAGAGAACAGCCCCUACCCUUCCCGCUACGCCGGAGACGAGAGCCUGCAGGGCUGGGGGUCCCCGCAGCAGCAGCAGCAGCAGCAGCCGCCGCCACCUCCGCAGCCUUUGCCUGGAGGGGUGGCCAAGUACGAGGACAACCUGAUGAAAAAGACCGCGGCCCCUUCCAGUAGCAGGCAGUACCACGAGCCAACCCCGCAGCUCCCCUUCCGAACUCACUCCUUGCACCUCCAGCAGCCGCCACCACCGCCGCCACCACAGCCCUCUCCCCUGACGUACCCCAAGCUUCCGAGGCAGAAGAUGCAGAACGACGUGUCCUCCUCUCUGUCCUUCUCACAGGGUUCCCACUUUCCCCAGCAUUCCCAGUCAUUCCCAGCCUCCUCCACGUACACGUCGGUCCAGAGUGGGAGCCAGGCAGCUCACUCCUACAAGAGUUGCAACGCUCCCUCUGCCCCACCAACGCACGAAAGGGCUCUGGGCAACGCCACCAGCUUGCCCUCUGCCCAGCGGGUCCAGGGCUUGCACGGCUAUCAGCCUAACCGUAUCGGCUACGACCAGCCGCAGCAGCAGCAACAGCCGGCAUCUCUGCAAGGUAGGCACCAUGCUCAGGAGGCUCUGCACUAUCAAAACCUAGCAAAAUACCAACAUUAUAACCAGCCAGGACAGAGUUACUGCCAAGCUGACGCCCCCGUGAGGACCCCGGACCAGUAUUACCAAACGUUUAGCCCUAGCUCAAGUCAUUCUCCAGCUCGUUCAGUUGGUAGAUCCCCAUCCUAUAGUUCAACCCCUUCUCCGUUGAUGCCUAACUUAGAGAACUUCCAGUAUAGCCAGCAGUCACUGACCACGGGGGGAUUCCCAGCCAGCCUUGCCGAUCAUAGCCACUUCAUGCCUUUGCUGAACCCCUCGCCAACCGACGGGACGAGCUCAGACCCCCAGCCAUCCACGAACUGCAAGAACUUGUCGAAGGAGAAAAUUCCCGAGAACCUCUUGUCGGAUCUGAGUCUUCAAAGCCUCACGGCCCUUACUUCUCAAGUCGAAAACAUCUCUAACACUGUCCAGCAGCUUCUCCUUUCCAAGUCCACAGGAAUGCCCCAGAAGAAAGGAAUCAAAAACUCACCGAGGACUCCAGAGCAACUCAAAGGGCAGCACUGUAGCCCUGAGGGUAACAGUUAUUCUGCAGAGCAAGCAGGGACUCCCCACUCGGACCCUCUCAGCACCCCCCAGUCCGUCCAUGCUGAAACCCAAGAUACCGACUACCUGAGUGGCUCUGAAGACCAGCUGGAGAGGGGCUUCUUGUACUGUAGUCAAAGCCGUAGCCCGGCCCGUGUCAACAGCAAUUCCAAAACCAAGCCUGAGUCCGUGUCCACCUGCUCGGUGACUUCUCCGGAUGACAUGUCGACCAAGUCCGAUGAUUCCUUCCAAAGCAUUCAUGCCAGCCUGCCGUUGGAGAGCUUUACAAAGUUUGUGGCUGGUGAAAGAGAUUGCCCCCGAUUGCUGCUCAGUGCCCUUUCUCAAGAGGAGCUGGCAUCCGAAAUCAUUGGCUUGCAAGAUGCUAUCAGUGAGAAAGCAGACAAAGGCUGGGCCGAUUCUCCUGCUCCAAACAAAGACCCAGACAAAUCCCCCUUCCACUUAGAAAAUCACAGGACUUGCCUUGACUCUGUAGUCAAAAGCCCCUGGUCCAACCAGGGGGAUUCAAACGCUCUUGCUGAACCCUUGAAGUUAGACAAGGGACGAAAUAACGGGAAGAAUUUCACAGAGGAGGUUUAUGACAACUCCCGGGUUCCCUUCACAACGACAGAGACAAAGAAUUCCCUAAAAACAACCAGCUCGGGGGGCUAUAAUGCGAAGCCAAACAUCUCAGUGGCCACCUCCAGUUCUGAGACCACUGGAAGCUUCAGCUGCUAUUCCAAUGCCACCGCCAAUUCAGUGGGCUCUGAAAAUGCCAUGGAGAACUUUGACUGGCCGGACGAGAACCUCAGCGACACCUGGAAAGAGCUUGGGUCAAGCCUCCAAUCGUCAGAUCUUUCCAAGAGCUUAUUUUCUGGCAAGCUGAGCGAAACUUCUGAAGAGAAAAAAAAUGCCUCCUGCUUGAGCCUCUGUGAUCCUGAGGGGUCAGCUGAAGCAGAGGAAAUGGAAGGCUUCAGUCAACAACACCAGGCCAACAAAAGGGAGGGUUUAAAUUAUGAUGAGGCUACAAGAACGGAGAGUGAACGAUGGCUAGAGGACACCACCAGGAACUCCUGUUCAGGAGAAGACUUCAGUGAACUCCCAAUGAUGUCUUCUCCAGACCUGAAAGAAUCUGAUUUGGAACCUGAAGAAUAUUCCUCUUUGUGUGAACUAGCUGGUUCUGAGCAAAAGACUUUGACUUAUGAUGCGUUCACACCUAAGCCUGCAGAGAACGCUCCAGCUCUUUCUCUCCAAGAUACUCCUGGAUCAGCAGAAGAAACCACCAACACGAUUGAGAAAGAGAAUACUGCUCCUCCUUCUCAUUUGUCUGAUCCAUCUGUUAUCCUUUUAGGACCAGCAGUUGGCACAGAUACGAAAGUGAAAAGCUGGUUUGAAACUUCUCUGCAUCACUUGAAGUCCAAGGAGGAGACAGCAGCUGGUGAAAAUGCCCCUCCGGAUAAGACAGAGACAUCAGCUACCUUGCUGUUGAAGAAACAAGUCCUACCAGAGAAGCUGACAAUAAUAUCAGAACCUACCUCCAGAGGCAAAAGUCUUCGGAGUAAAAAGCUCCAGUGCAGGCUGUCAGGUGGAGAAGAAUCUGUUCAAUCCAUGUCAAAUCCAUGUACAGGCAUUCAAGCAGCUGGCCUGGUGGCCAACCCAUGCCCGGCUCCAAACGAUUUGAUUGAAAUGCCAAGUAAGAACACCCAUGGCCAGACUCCCAGAUUUCCCACUGAAGGUUUGCCGGCGAGGAUGUGCACCCGUUCCUUUACUGCAAUGACAGAACCAAGAAUGCUAGACCCUCUGGAAGGUGCCAGAGCUUCAACUCCUCAUGAGAAGUUGGGCAAGAAGUCAAUGUGUGUUUUGAAGGAGAGAGCGGCCUUCAAAGUGAGGAAGGCCAAUGGGAAGGCGUCGCCAAAGCCCACUAAUCCAUCUCCUCCCCUGAUCUCCAACUUGGCCCAGAAUGAAGAUUCUGCUGUUCCGAAGGCCAAAGAAGCUGACGCGGUAGAAACUGAGAUGAAAGAUCAACAAUCGAUGAUUCUCCGUUCCAGGACCCGGACUCAGGAGGUCUUCUAUACCAAGCGGAGGAGAGAGAAGAACAUGGUGGAAGUGGAAUUCAAAAAUGCCAAGCUGCCCAAGAAGGUGUUCCCAAACAACCACUUGCCAGGGUCUUUCAAGAUCAGCCCCCCCAAUCAGUCCGAGAAGGAGAGCAAGCUGGGCAAACGAAUGAAGCUUCCGAAAGCCAGGCCGGAAAUGGGCAGCAAAAUAUCCGAGAGGCCACUCCACGUCCUGAAAAGAAAAUCUGUUUUCAUGCCCCCGAUUCCGGCUAAGAAACGGAACCUGAUUCUACGAAGCAACAAUCACAGCAGCAACAGUGGGAAGGAGGAGAAGCCAGACGUACCUUCUGGCCUAUUUAAGAGGGUGCCGUCUUCCAGGAGGACCGCAGUGAAGCCGUCUCCCAAGAACUCCUGUGAAGCAGUGCUCAAGUCCCCUCAGGCGAAGGAGAACCCUGGGGUCUGCAUAAAAAUCACCUCCCGGGCUUCCUUCCAGGGAGCCAUGAAGACCAAAGUGCUCCCCCCAAGGAAAGGAAGGGGCUUAAAACUGGAAGCUAUUGUGCAGAAGAUCACCUCUCCCAACCUGAAGAAGUUUGCCUGCAAGACGGUAGCCCCCGCCAUCUCUGCCACGGUCCCCACGGCUGCUGCCACCGCCCACAGUAAUCCUCUCAGCCCUUCCCUACCAGAGAGGGAACAGGCCUCCAAGAAUACCAGCGGAGGAACCCCAGCCGUGGGGGAAGCUAGCCCAUUAAACCAGGCUUUGUCACAAAAGGCUCCUGCCGCUCCAGCAGCCGAGCAAUUAUGCAGAAACCCGAACAACAGAUCCUUCAGAGGGAAACUAAUGAACAGCAAGAAACUCUCCUCCAACUGUUUCAAGGGUGAGGCCUAUUCAUCGCCCGAGACGUUGCAGCACAGCGGCGACGGCAUGGCUGCGAGCGCCAUCGGCCUGCUGCCCAAGAAGAGGAACCGAAAGGGGAAAGCGGCGGCCUUCCACGUGGCCCAGAACAGCUUGGAGAAGUGCCCUCACCUGAGCCCGGCUUUGUUCCUCGCAACCCGAGAGAAGGUGGCGGCGGCGGCGGCAGGGAAAGGCGAAGAGGGACCCAGGGAGGGGAAGAAGCCAAAAGGCGAAGACAAAGGCUUUGGGACCGCCGCCGAGAGUGCUGAAGGGAGGCCCCCGCCGGCCCAGACCCGGGCCCAGAAGCAGCGAGCCAACCAUUCCAACUACAACGGCUACACAAAGAGACAAAGGAAGCACCACAAGCGCCGGAAGGCCCCGAGCGUGCCCUCGCGGUGUAAGAGCAAGACCCGCCGGCGGCACCAGCAGCGGGCCCCUCUGCUGAGCCCCACUGAGCCUGAGAUCCGGCUGAAGUACGUCUCCUGUAAGCGGCUGAGGGCAGACAGCCGGGCGCCACCUUUCUCGCCGUACGUCCGGAUGGAGAAGUGGGACGAGUUCGUCACCACCUGCACGGUCGUCAACUUCCCGACUGAAGAGGCGAAACUCCACAACGAGCAGCAGCAGCAGCAGCACUCUUCUUCUUCUUCUUCGUUUUCUUCUUUGUCCGCCCAAGCUGGUCUUUUUGGGACCGCCUGCCUGCGGCCUCCGGCGAUCCUACCUCUGUCGUCCAUGAUGCACCUCGGGCCAGUGGUCUCCAAGGCCCUCAACACGGCCUGCCUGGUCUGCUGCUUGUGCCACCACCCGGCCAAUUACAAAGACCAGGGGGACCUCUGCGGGCCGUAUUACCCUGAGGACUGCCUGCCGAAGAAGAAAUCAAGGCUGAAAGAGAAGGUCAAACUGGAGGGGGUGGGCGAAGAGCCUCCCUCGUCGUCUUUGGCAGAAAGGCUGCUCAAAGCCACAGACAAUAGUUGCGCAACCGGUACGCUGGGUGGAAAGCCGCCAAGGUUGGACAGUGGCGCUGACUCAGUGAAACAGAGCGCUCUCCGUUCGAGUUCCAGGGGGAUGUUUAGAAAACUGCAAAGCUGUUACUGUUGUGAUGAGAGGACAGAGGGAGAGGAGGCUACGGCGGGGGCGACGGUGGCCGCGGUGGAGAAGCUCCGGAGACACGAGUGCGGCAAAGCUGACUCGCCGCUGCCAGAUCCCGCUGGAGAGACGCAGGAACACUGGGUUCACGAAGCCUGUGCUGUAUGGACAGCUGGGGUUUAUCUGGUGGCGGGGAAACUCUAUGGACUGCAGGAGGCAAUAAAGAUGGCCGCGGACGUGAGGUGUUCUGGCUGUCAACGAGUCGGGGCGACCAUUGGCUGCUGUCACAAGGGGUGCACCCAAAUCUUUCACUACACAUGUGCCAUCGACACAGGUUGUUGGUUAAUGGAAGAGACCUUCUUGCUCAACUGCCCUAAACAUAAGACGCAGCUGCUAUAAUGGGCCGACAGAGAAGGGAAGCACGUGCUGCCGGAGUCACGACCCAGAGGGGGCUCUGCCUUUGCACACCCCUUUGCAGUGGCUGCGACCAAGAGGAACUCUGGCCGGAAGGGCAAAGAGGAGGGAGCCCAGCCCCCGGGCCCUUUCCUCCCCCCCCCCCCCGCCUUUGCAAUAGUACUUCUACUGUGAAUGGACCUAGCCUUGUCCAGCCUCGCCUCCUCUUUGCUCAGGCCUUGGCAAUUUCCUUGCAAGCUGACCCCAAAGGGCACAAGACCCCCCCACUCCCCCAUUGCCCAGCUCCUGGGAGCCCUACCCUCCCACCCAGCAGGCAGACCCAGGCGGGUGCAGCGUCCCCCUGCCCCUUUGGAAUUCCUCCGACAGCCAUUCCAGGUUGGUGCAGGAACCCCAACAGAAAUCCCAUUCCAGUUUUUUUUCUGGUUCCUCCAUUCCUGUUUGGAAGGGUUUCCUGAGCCGGUUCAGGAGAGAAAAGCAACUCCGGUUUGGGAUUUGUAUUCCUCCUCCACACCUUCCCUUCGCCCAGGAGCUGUAAUGGACACUGACCGAGCUGACAUCGACCUGAGGCUUGGCGACUGACAAAACCUGUCCACCGCGGUUCUUCUUGAAGAGAGCCUUGAGGGUUUGGCCCCUGACUUUGGAACUUACAUCGGAUGGCCAGAUUUUAUCAGAAGGCACGUGGUCGGCGCGUCCCUGGGACUAGUCACAACAGCGUUUCUGAAGUCUCUUUCUCUCCAGCAGAGAGACCGGACUUGGAUCCCAAAGGGUCAUAGCAAGGAGAAAGGCGUACAGAAGUCCUCAACUGCCUUGUCUCGCUCGCGCUCGCUCUCCUUGCUCAAAAUGCUGGACUCCAGGAGGUCUCCAGGUCCACCAUAUCUUUUUCUGAUCUGAUCAAGUUUUGCCUUCAGCAAACCUCAUGGUGUGUAUGUGUGUGUGCGUGUGUGUGUGUAUGUGUGUUUCUGUAUAUAGAUGUGAUCAGCGUGUAAAAAGAAGCGCCCCAAACUUUUUGGGAAACAAGGCUGCAUUGCUUGAGUUCGUUUGCGCGUUCGUUUUGCUUUCGUCCUUGUUCCUCCCAGCCUGACCCUGUCAUAUCAUUUGCCCUCUUCCUUCUCACCCCUCCAUGUCUGACUCACACCCAACGCCCCCCCCCACAUUCAAACCAGGAAAGCCAGCAACCCCCUAGACCAGUGUUCCUCAACCUCAACAACUUUAAGGUGGGUGGAGUUCAACUCCCAGAAUUCUGGGAGCUUGCUGGGGAAUUCUGGGAAUUGAAGUCCACCCAUCUUAAAGUUGCUGAGGUUGAGAAACACUGCCUUAGGCCACUGAGAAGAGACAAACAGCAGAAAGGUUUUACUGGGAUCGUGCAGAGUGUAAAAUUCUAUGAUUUAAUCUAGAUUAUUCACCCUCACUUUUUUGACUUUGGAGGAACAGUGAAACUAAGUGCUUGCUUCCCAUCUGGGUGAAUGGUGUAUGAAGUUUCAAGGAAAAGAAACUGGGUUGUUUGAGACUACAGGUAGUCCUCGCUUAAUGACCAUUUGUUUAGCG